CCGAGCGCUCGCCAGGCCAGCCCUUCUCACCGCUUCCACGCUCCGCAUUCUGAGGCGCCCCUGCCAUGCAGACGGCCAAGGGAUGGAUACUGGUUUCUCUCCUUUUGUGUCGGCUGGGUUUCCCCAGAAUAGAGGCUGUCAAAGGAAGCAAACGCCCCAUGCGGUCUCGAUCCUGUGCAGACCGGCCUGAGGAGCUUCUGGAACAGCUGUAUGGAAGACUCACAGCUGGCAUGCUCAGUGCCUUCCAUCACACCCUGCAGUUGGAGCCCCUGGAAAAUGAUCAGAACAUCAGUUGUCCAGCGGGAGGCAGGCCAGCUACUGACAAGAAGUACCAUCUCCCCAUCAAUCUCAACAGUGUCUCUCCUUGGUCCUACAGAAUCUCCUACGAUUCUACCAGGUAUCCUAAGUACAUUCCUGAAGCCUACUGCCUUUGUAAGGGCUGUCUUACCGGUGAUUAUGGAGAAGAAAAUCUCCAUUUUCGAAGUACGCCAGUGUUUAUGCCGACUGUCAUCUUGCGCCGGACCACAUCCUGCACGGGCGGCCGCUACGUUUACACGGAGGAUUACGUCUCUGUUCCUGUGGGCUGCACCUGUGUACCAGAACACGAAAAAGAAGCAGGACAAGCAAAUUCCAGCACAGAAAAACAAGCAGUAAAAUUGCUGGGGAAUCAUAAUAAUGACAAGCCAACAUCCAAAUGAAGGAUGGAAAGGAGGCCAGAAACAAAGGAUGUUUUGGUUCAUAACUUCCUGUUUCAGAGAACUGUAAUGGCCAGAUGCAGCAGAUGUGUUCAUAUCAGUUAAUUUCACAGAGCUUGGGGCCAAUUGAUAUCAAAUUGUACUUCCUUCAAAAACAUUGGAGUUUGCAGAUUACAACUCAUUUAUGUUGAAGCAGGAUGCCUUUCUCAUUGUAACUGGAGAUGUGACAGAUAGAUCCUGGAGAGUUCCAAUAAUGCUGGGGGACACUUGGGUCAUACCAUAUCAAGAUAUUUAAAAGUACUAGAUAAUUGUUCCAUUGUCCAGUGCUUUGCUAUGCACUCAAGAUAUGUUGAGCAGGGAUGCAUCAAUUUGUGUGUACAAUAAAACCUUGGUUUAAUCGACACACAAAAUCCAUUAAAAAUAAAAGCUUGGUUUAAUGGACACACAAAUCCAAAAUUGUAUCCAUUGGCUUUGGAUGCAGUGGACAAACUUUUCAUUUGAAUUGUUAAUCCAUUAAAUCAAAUUUUUAUUGAAAAUUAUGCUAUUCACAUCAGUUACAUAACACAUGUGACAUACAUUGAUGCAAUGACAUAAAUUCAGAUUUAAUGAACAUUCAAAUUUAACAGAUGCACCCUCCCCCUCAAUGGUCUGUUAAAUCAAGAUUUUAUUGCAUUUUUCCUACAUCUUUACUGAAUACAAGUGAGGGCCAUAAGAAUAAUAUAAAUUAAUAACUAAAACAUUUUUCAAAGAAUGCUGAAAAAUCAGCUGUGAAUCUGGAGCUGAUUUUUUAAAAAGUGUAACUAGCUUUACACUUGGUUGACUUGGUUUAUAGAACCUUGGGUUCUGGACCAGAAGCAGUUGAAGUGUAUUGUGUCAAAAGCACUAGAAUUACAACAUUAAAACUGGUUAAAAACUAUUGCAUCAUUAAAUACGCUGAUAGCCACAAAUUUAGAUGCUUUUAAAAAAGGGACUGAAUAAAUGUAUAGAGAAUAGAUCUAUCAGUGGCUACUAAUCUUGGUUGCUUAUUACCUCUAGCAGAAAUAUCCUAAAUUGGGGGGAGGGGGGGUUCCAGAUUAUGCAAACAUUAAGUACUUUUAGCGGAUGUUUACAGAAUAAAUAACUGUUGUUUAAAACAUUCAGGUUUGGGUUUUACUUUAAAGUUUGGGUUUAAGUCCUAAAUUUGGCACAUGCUAGCCAUAGCUUGGGGUCUACAGAGCAGAUUUUGCCAUCAACCCUAUAAGAGAUGACCUCAACCGGGCAGCCUUCAGCUACAUUGCACUAGCUGGCAAAGUCCUGAAGGGCACCAGGUUGGAGGAAGCUGCCUGUGAGAUACGUUGCUUUUCAUACCGUUGUGAAAAGCAAAACAUUGUCUGGUUUAUGACCCCCUUCAGAAGUGUGGAAAUGUGCCAAUUGCCUCUCUAAACUAUUUUAACUUCUGGCAGGAGCUUUGGGAAUAAAUAAAAUGAACAUCCCAUAGAUAAAAUGAAAUCAAACUGCAUGGACAGUUCAAAGAAAGGCAGAUGAAUGUGUCUUGGCGUUCCUUACUCAAAGGAGAAAAACUGCCAAAUUCAAGGAAAAUGUGAGCCAAACUCUUGAAUAGCAAAAGUUCUCUGAAUUGUUUACGCACAAGGCAUCUGCCAAUGCCUCUUGCAACACUAAGAUACAGGAAAAACUGCUUAGCCCUGCUUACAGGAGUAACUGAUCUGGAGCUCCUUUUUAAUCAGCUGCAAAUGCUAUACUAAACAAGCAUUCCUCAAGUUGAUUUCUUUUCCAAAUUAUUCAUUGGUGACCAGUCCUCAGAGUUUUUUCCAAAGCAAAUAGAAGUGGGGUUUUAUUACUGGAAUGGACAAUUUGAAAGCAUUUAUCUGUCUGGAACAGCUACAAGGUAGGAGGGUGACCAAGGUGAGGAAGAAGAGCAAACUGCCUGACAAAUUGGUGAUUAAAUCUACAUUUGAUUGUUAUUUGGGUCUCGCUCCCAAAGAGGGACUGGAUUCCUAUUUCCACCAUAAUUUUUUUUCUCUCUCUCUCUCCCUUUAUAAAGAAAUGGCAUAGUGAAAUGUGGCCAUUUUGUUACCAUUUGUCCAGGUUUGGGAAUGAGGAUUAAAGGUCUGAAGAGAACUAUUAGCAUCUCAAGGCCUUCGGGAUUUCAUUUAUACCUUUAUUUUUUGGCAAAAGAAGAAAAAACAUAUGUGUUGCCAAAUUUUUGCUGUGGAAUUUUUUCCUUCAAACGAUCAGCUUGUUUGAAGGCUGCCAGCAUAGGGUGACAAGGGACCAAAGAAUCAGAAGCAGAUUUCAAGCAAUGCGUUUUUUUUCAACUGAUAUUGACAAAAUGGAUCAUUAUUGAUUUAAUUAGAUUUAGAUACUGCCCAACUUCAAGGUGAUUAUGAAUGAUGUGGUAAGGUGGCUGGAUAAAGAAAAGCCUGGAAAUUAAUUCUUGGAAAGAAUAAUGGAAAGAGCAGGAUUUGUUUAUCUCAACAGAAAGAAAACUGAAGAGAAAGGAUCACUGUCUUCUGAAAGGCUGUCAUUCAGAGAUUAAGUAGGUUUAUUCUAUGCUGCUCCAAAAGACAGGAAGAUCUAGAAUGAAUAGUUUGUUCACUUUUUUAUUUCUUCUGUACCACAUUCUAGCAUGAUUUCUGGAGGUUUCCACAAAAAUAAGAACAAUUAAAAUUCUUAUGAUUACUCCAAAGCUCUAUUAAUCG